UUGACUUGGAGAAAGGAACAGUGUAGCAAGCCAGAGCUUGGGCGGGUACCAACAGGACAAUUCAAACACCAUACGGACUUAUUUUGAAUACUGCCAACAUUUUCAUGUUUCGAAAUUAUUCCUUUUGUUGACUUGGGACAUUUUAUAUUAUCAACCGAGAUUGCUUUUUUUUCUUCUUCUUCUCUUUUUCCGGGCCAACCGACCAAUGGCAGACAUGAUGAGGCGUGUGGUGCGGCAAAGCAAGUUCCGUCACGUCUUCGGCCAGGCGGUGAAGAACGACCAGUGCUACGAUGACAUCAGGGUCUCGCGCGUCACCUGGGACAGCUCCUUCUGUGCCGUCAACCCCAAGUUUGUCGCCAUCAUCGUAGAGGCCAGUGGAGGAGGCGCCUUCCUCGUCCUCCCCCUGCAUAAGUCUGGGCGCAUUGAUAAGGCCUACCCCACCGUAUGCGGGCACACGGGCCCCGUGCUGGACAUCGACUGGUGCCCGCACAACGACCACGUCAUCGCCAGUGGCUCAGAGGACUGCACAGUCAUGGUGUGGCAGAUCCCUGAGAAUGGCCUCACCUCUGCCAUGGCGGAGCCCGUGGUUGUGCUGGAGGGGCACUCCAAGAGAGUGGGCAUCGUCUCAUGGCACCCAACGGCCCGAAACGUCCUACUCAGUGCCGGCUGCGACAACGUGAUUAUAAUCUGGAAUGUGGGGACGGGCGAGUCGCUGAUCACGCUGGACGAGAUGCACCCCGACGUCAUCUUCAGCGUGAGCUGGAGUCACAACGGUGCUCUCAUCUGCACCUCUUGCAAAGACAAGAAAGUGCGCGUCAUCGACCCCCGCAAGGAGCAGAUAGUCGCUGAGAAAGACAAGGCCCACGAAGGCGCUCGGCCUAUGAGAGCCAUCUUCCUGGCGGACGGGAACGUCUUCACCACAGGAUUCAGCCGCAUGAGUGAGAGGCAGCUGGCACUCUGGAACCCGAAAAACAUGGACGAGCCCAUCACAGUGCACGAGAUGGAUACAAGCAACGGCGUUCUCCUCCCGUUCUACGACCCGGACACUAGCGUGGUGUACCUGUGCGGAAAGGGGGAUAGUAGCAUCCGCUACUUUGAGAUCACGGAGGAGGCCCCCUACGUGCACUACCUCAACACGUUCUCCAGCAAAGAGCCCCAGCGAGGGAUGGGCUACAUGCCCAAGCGCGGCCUGGACGUCAACAAAUGCGAGAUCUCCCGGUUUUACAAACUGCACGAAAGGAAGUGUGAGCCGAUCAUCAUGACUGUCCCUCGAAAGUCGGACCUGUUCCAGGAUGACCUCUACCCAGACACGGCGGGGCCGGACCCUGCCAUCGAGGCGGAGGAGUGGUUCGAGGGCAAGAACGGCGAGCCUAUCCUCAUCUCCCUCAAGGACGGCUACAUCCCCGGCAAGAACCGCGACCUGAAGGUGGUCAAGAAGAACAUCCUAGAGGCCAAGCCGACCAAGAAGGUGGACGGUGGCGGCUCGGCCGCCGAGACCAAAACAGGAUCACCCAAACCCACCGUACAAAACGAGGCGAAGCUGGAGGAGCUCUUGCGGGAGGUGAAGUCUCUCAGGGACUUGGUGACUCUUCAGGAGCGCCGGAUCUCCAAGCUGGAGGAGCAGGUUGCCAAGAUCGACAUCUAACCGAGAUAUCAACCCAACAAGCAAGCAAGCGAGAGAGAGAGAGAGAGAGGGAGAGGGAGUAUGGAGAGACUGCCAUCAGAACCGCUCAGAACCGCUCAGAACCACCAUCCACUCUGGAGAGAGAUUCCAACAGGCCCGGGGGCCUGUCACUGCCAAAAAAAAAAUACGCCCCGUUACUCCCCUGUUUCAAUCCAGUUAUCCACACACUCACACAAACACACACACGUUCACACUCACAAAUCUAUUCACAAAUACACAUGCACACACACACACAUACACGUACAGAAACACCUGUUCUCCAUAGUUCUCUAAAGACAGUCCCCGACAACAUUCCAAAAUGAACUUUUAUUUUUCACGCCAAUUCCCCCCCCUCAAUGUUUUUAAGAAUUCAUGGCGCAAGAUUAAGAUCUUGCCUACAGCACAUGAAUAUGAAUUAAUGAAUAAACAUUUUUCUGUUGUUA